AUGGGUGCUGGAAAGAACCCGGUCAAUAUUUUCAAGCUUAAUCUGGGCGAUGACCCCAAGGAGGUGCUCAAUUGGAGACUAUGGUUUGCUGUCUUUUCCUUUGGCGUCAUGGGUGCUGCUCGGGGGAUUGACGAAGGCUCAUCUCUGGCUAAUGCGUACAGCACCUUCAACACCAAGCAUUUCCAGAAGAUGCUCCAUUUUGAUGAACUCGAUGAUAAGGCGUAUGCCGAUGUCAAGGGCAAUGUCUCUGCCAUGGUACAGAUUGGAUCUGUUGCUGGCGCGCUUCUCGCCUUCCUUGUCGCCGACCGUAUUGGCCGACUCUGGGCCACACGUCAACUCUGUAUAGUCUGGAUUCUCGGCAUUGUCAUUUUCUUGACAAACAAUGGUCGUCUGGGUCAAGUCUACGCUGGCAGAUUCAUAGCAGGUAUUGGUAUUGGAGAAACCACUGUCAUUGCACCCGUAUACAUCGCGGAGAUUUCACCAAAGGCUGUGCGUGGUCUCUGCACUUGCGUCUUCGCUGGGUCCGUAUAUCUGGGCAUUAUGCUUGCCUACUUCACGACAUGGGGUAGUUCUCUACACCUCAACCAGAACACGUCCACGGCGUGGGUAGUUCCGACGACUCUCCACAUUAUGUUUGCCGGCAUCAUCCUGAUUCUGUCGUUCUUCAACUACGAAUCUCCCCGCUACCUGAUCAAGUGCGGCCAGGUCGAACACGCUAUCAAGAACCUCGCGCGCGUACGCAAUCUCCCCGCUGAGCAUGAAGUGAUCGUGCACGAGAUCCACGAUAUCCAGCACCAACUGGAAGAAGAGCAAGAAGCCACCAUGGGGGCAGGUUUCCUAGGCAUGCUCCGCGAGAUGUUCUGCAUGCCCAACAACGCUUUCCGUCUCUACCUCGGUCUAGGCGUGCAACUCAUGUCGCAAUGGUCGGGCGCUGGCAGCAUCACGAUCUACGCGGCCGAUUUCUUUGCCCUUCUCGGAACGGAAGGCCAGAACGAGAAGCUCUUCGCCACCGCCAUAUUUGGUGUCGUCAAGUUUGUCGCCGCCAUCAUGUGUGCUCUGUUCUUGGUCGAUGUGAUUGGCCGGAAACGGGCUUUGAUCAUCGGCAUUUCCCUGCAGGCUCUCUCGAUGGCCUAUGUUGCAUCGUUUCUCACGGCAGUCCCGGGCUUAGAGGAUGAGGGAUUCACCUUUACCCCGGCGCAGAAGCAUGCUAGUAUCGGUGCUAUCGUCAUGAUCUAUCUGUCAGGUUUUAAAUGGGCGAUGGGAUGGAAUUCUGUCCAGUAUCUGAUCAACGCCGAGAUCUAUCCUCUCCGGAUUCGAGCCUUUUCGAGUUCCCUGGUCAUGUGUUUCCAUUUUGUCAACCAAUACGGCAACAGCAAGGCCGUCCCGUCGAUGCUCCUGGACACCAGCAACGGUGGUAUGACUGCCAAGGGCACAUUCUGGUUCUUCUUCGCCGUCACCGCCUUAGGUGGCGUGUGGGUGUGGUUCACCAUCCCCGAGACAGCCGGGUUGUCGCUCGAAGCUAUGGACGGCUUAUUCAAGCUGCCUUGGUACAAGAUCGGUACACAUGGGCGGAGACACGCGGAUAUGCAGACGCAGCUGGAUCGAGAGAGGGAGCUUACGGAAAAGCACGAGGCAACAGAGGUUGAAGUCGUUCAAGAGUCGGACAAGAGGGUGUAA